AUGCACCGACUGAUCAGGGAGCUUGUUCUGACACCGACAACGGAGCUGCAGAUACAUAUGGGGAUGAUUGUGCUGCAUACACGGGAUUUCCAUCAUGGUGUACCUUCUAUCCACGUGGCGGAUAACGAUGACGAUUUCACAGCGGAAGACAUGUGCUGCGCGUGUGACGGGGGACUGACGCAGUGCAAGAGCCACGAAGAAUGCGACGGUGACGGUGGUGGCAUGUUCUGCAGCGCCCAGACCGGUCGCUGUGAGGAGUGCAGCAUUUGCUUCUAUUGUGGGCACGGAGUCGACAACACGUGCGGCUGUUGCGGCGAUCAUUACCCUUUGUUUGAAGGUACAUGCAAUGGGACUUUGUCCUGCCUCUCAACGCACUUGUGCGUUGACGACCAAGGCGCUGUUGAUCUUUAUGGGUACGUCUGCGAUGACUACGGUAAGUGGAUUGCUUGUGGCGAGGGUGACGACACGGACUUUACCGCCAGCCUCAUGUGUUGUGCUUGCCGUGGCGGCGUCGCUGAUUCUGCGUCCGAGGGUGCUGAGCUGCUCGGGAGCCCGUUCUGGCUCACGACGUUUUCCUCAGUUUCUGACAACAACUUUAUUGGUCAGGCCGGCUUCUCCUUCACCAACUACUUCGGCGUUUUGCAAAUCACAGCUUUGGGCCGCCCAUUGCCUCUGACAGCCUCGACGCGCGUGACGUUGUGGGAUUCGAGGACCGAGCAGGCUUUGGCGUUCGCGGAAGUAGGGCCGCAUUCUAUCACACAUAAUGGCUACGCAUUGGAGGUUUUGUCGCCCCCAGUGACCAUUUGGCCUGGUGAGUACCGCAUUUCGCAGUGGUGCUUUAUCGGCAUGGAUCCCUGGCCAUUCGACACAACUACAGAGACAGUCAAUGCAGCUACGGCGUUGACGGAAAUGCUGUCAUUCCACGGCGGGGUCGUUUCAGACUACGAGACCUCUGGCUACCCGUACCUAACUACCGGUGACGGUUAUAUGGCUGGAAUGUUGCAGAUGUACUUGUCGGAGGCCCCGUCGAAUGUGCAGACGUUCAGGUUCACAGGGGGCGAGCAGUACUACGAAACGCUGGGCUACACACAGUUCCUGAUGUACAUCUACGGCGCUGGCGGUGGAAAUCAGGCUCAAUCAGGCGCGGCAGGUGGGUCGGGAGGCUACGCGCAAGCCACCGUCACUGUCCCGCCCGGCAUCCAGCGCCUGAGUGUCGUUGUCGGGGAGGCCGGUUUGGAUGGCGGCUCGGCCUGCCCCUCCUACGCCUACGGUGGCGGCGGGACUGGCGGCUGCGACGGGAACAGUGGCGGCGGAGCUGGGGGCGGCCGACAGGGCCCUGGGUGA